CUGAGGGAUCUUUCAGCCCCGGCUCCAGUAGACUUGCUGCUAGCUGUCAAGUGAUUUGAAAACAACAGUUCCAGAAUAAUCCUUCGUAGGAUUAAUGACGUCUGACUAAAACAAAAAGAAUAACAUCCUCAGAAGAAGUAGUUCUCUGGGUUUAAUAACACACGGUGUGUUUUACCCUCAUGGUGUUUUUAGUUUAAUGUCGGUGACGUCGCUCUGAGAUGAAAUGAAAGAGGAAGUGAAAGUUUAAAGCAGCUUGAUCGAACAUCUGACAGAAACAGACGAAGAAAGCUUCAAAAGUUUCCCAACAAGUGAAGUAUUCUGAUAUACUUCAUCUCCCGUCCUGGGCAACAUGACGUCAGACAACGUGUACUUCAUCUUAACAAGACAACCUGAAAACCCAAAACACAUCAAUGCUGGCUGCAUUUGCUACAUGAGUGUAUACAAACAUAAAUCAACAACCAAAAAAAAACCUCCCCCCUCAAAGUUCCCUGUCAUCCCUUUGGGUUCAUAUUCAUCAGUGGAUUAUGAAAUCGAGUUGAGCUGCCUGGAGCAGCUGAGUGAACAGGAGCUUGCGCUGCUGCUGGCCCUGCCUGAGGACGCAGAGAGGCUAAAGUGGUGGAAGGAUGAAAAAACUCUCCACACAGCACUGGAACUCACUGAGGACACAGCAGUGACCGUGGAAGAAGGAGGAGAGGAGCUCAGAGGCAUCAUCCGCUACAUUGGAAAACUGACAACAUAUCCCCCCUUAUCAGGAACCUUCUUUGGCAUUGAACUGCAGGGGGCAGACAAGGGGAAGGGGAAAACUGAUGGAAAGUUUGAGUAUAAAAAGCUCUUCUCCUGCCCCAAAGAUUGUGGUGUUUUCGCGCCCUUCUCCAGAGUCAGGCCUGUCGUUCCCGACUCCUUGUCACCGUCCGUCCGUCAGUCUGACCCUCCGCCAGAGAUGGAGGAGCUCGCCCCAGGGGAUCGAGUCACUUACUUCAUCGAUGACAAACUUUUUCAUGGGAUGGUGGUGAACGUGCAAGAAAAAGGAGGCGAAUUCCUGGUCCGGAUCUCCACGGACACAGAUCAGAGUGGAAAGCGAGGGGGCGAGAUCGAAGUUCCUCUGCUGAAUGUAGCGAAGGGGGAGGUCCCUGCAGAGGUAGAGAGCAUGGACGUCGAUACGACCGCAGUGGAAGCACACACUGAGGAUCUGUACACUGAGGAUCUGAGCUUGAACUCUCUGGUCGAGGUGUCUGUGACUUCAGGGAAUUUAUAUGGAAUCAUCCGCUGGAUCGGUACUCUUACUGGUCUUCCUGGUCGACCGGAAACCAUGGCUGGACUAGAGCUGGAGGAAGACAAAGGAACGAGCAAUGGCACCUUCAAAAGUGUGCGUUUCUUUGAGUGUCCCCCCAAGAGAGCUCUGUUUGUGAAGCUCAGCUCCUGCCGUCCUGACUCGCGCUUUCAGAUCCCAUCGGCGAUGCAGACGGCAAAAGCCGCAGACACAGAGAUGGAGCCCGACACAGAGAAUCUGGAGACCGUUCCUCCUGUCAGCACGGAGCAGGUGAACCAGAUUCUGAUUGGACGGAUGAAGGGGAUCCAAGGCCACUGCAACUCCUGCUACAUGGAUGCUGCCCUCUUCAGCUUGUUCUCCUGCUCCUCCGUGCUGGACUCCAUGCUGUUCAUAUCAACAAAACCUCGAGACGCCCCGAUCCAGAACACUCUGCUCUACGACAUCGUGAACCCCCUCCGCAGGAAAGGCUUUGUGGAGGGGCGGCACGUCAUGAAGCUGAGGCAACAGCUGCAGAAACACGGCUACAGUCAUUCCUUCACCACUGAUGAGAAGGAUCCAGAGGAGUUUCUCACCGUCAUCAUGCACCACAUCCUGGCUCUGGAUCCUCUGCUCAAACUCUCAGCCGGGAGUAAAGUGCAGGAGAGCUACUGCUAUCAGAUCUUCUUGGACCAGAAGCACAGCCUGGUGCUGCCCACCGUCCAGCAGCUUCUGGAGCAUUCUUUCCACAGCGCAGGACUCAAGCUGGCAGAGGCUCCAUCCUGCCUCAUCCUCCAGAUGCCUCGCUUCGGGAAGAAAUUCAAAAUGUUUGACAAAAUCGUUCCCUCUCUGGAGCUGGACGUCACCGACCUCCUCUCUGAAGGUCCUCAGCAGUGCAUGCUGUGUGGAAACUUGGCGCAGAAAGAGUGCAAGGACUGUUUUGAAGAUCCUGUUUUCAGCCGGACAGGAUUCAAAAUCUUCUGCAGCACAUGUUCUCAUCAGGUGCAUGCUCAUCCUCAGCGCCAGUCCCAUAAACCAGCUGAUUUGGAAAUCCCAAAGAGUUACAUUAGCCGCGGCACACCUCAACCUCAAGCUCUGACCAGAGACAAAAUGCAGCUGUUCGCUGUGCUCUGCAUCGAGACGAGCCACUACGUGUCCUUCAUCAAACACGGACCAAACAGCCAAGACUGGAUCUUCUUCGACAGCAUGGCGGACCGAGAAGGAGAGAGAGACGGCUACAACAUCCCAGAGGUUCAGGCCUGCCCCGAGGUCGCCAUGUACCUGGAAAUGUCUCCCGCCGAGCUGGCCACUCAGGUGCCUCGAGACAUGAAAGGUGUGGCCAAACGUCUGUUUUGUGAUGCCUACAUGUACCUGUAUGAGAGCACCAGCAUGUGUCUUUAUCGCUGAGGGGACUCAGGAGGACCUUACUUCAUACGCUUCUAUUUCUGCUUCUGCUGCUCUGAUCAUUUUCUUUGGUUUGCUAAUCUGUUCUAAAUGUGUGGAAGUGUUCAUGUGCACACAUGAACAUUUAAAACAUGUUAAACUUGGUGCCGGGACAGUAUCAGGCUUCAGUCAUUUGUACAGACUUUCUCUCUGAAAUGUUAUAUGAAGAAAAAAGCACAAAACUGACUCAAUGAUUUUGCACUAUUCAAACAAAGAUGACAAUCACUGACAUGCAUCGGCAUGUGUUUGCAAAGAUGGACGACAUGUUGCAGGGUACUAUAAUUAAUCUGUAGUUUACUGUUUCCUGUUGCUGCUGCUGCUGUUUGAUAAUUAUCUGUAGAAGCGUUUAAAAAUAAAUAGUUUUCAAUGAGUAGAAAGCGGCCGCCUUGAGAAAAAAGCGCCCUGUCUUUUUUGUGCAGCCGCUCCUAGCGCUCAAGUUGAAAAUCUUUCAACUUUUCAGAAAGGCACUGUUGAUAUCACUGGCGCUCUUUUCCUACUGUCUGAGCAAGCGCUCCAGAGCGGGCAGCCAGCGCUAGGUGGACACGUGGCCUUAAUGUUUAUUGUAUGAAUGAUUGAUUUUUUUAAAAGAAGACAGAAUGUAAAAGAUUUAAGAGUGGCCUGUUUUGAUUAUUGCCAUCAAAGGAUCCUGUUGUAAAUAAGAUGUUAAAAGUUUGCUCUAUAAUUAAUAAUGUGUCUCACCGCUGUAUGACUAGUUCAUCUGAUUGUUCAGGAUGGUGACUGGAAUCGGUUUCUUUUUGUCCAGACAAAUUUUGUCCAGACAAAUUUUGUCCAGACUUUUAUGUUUUUGUUGUAAAAAUGUUGCUGCUUCUCUUGGAUGCUCUCUGAUAUGUUGUUUGGGAUAACAGUAUAAGGAAUUGCAAAGUGGGAAAAUGAAGAGCUACAUGGUC